AUGAAAAAAAAUCUGUAAAGAAUAUAAAUAGCUACUGAGUCACAUCGCAUUUGAUAAGUGAUCGACGACUCAAAGACGUGCAAUUCAUUUGCAGAAUGUUUGUGCAAAUUCUGGUAAGUGACCGAGGGAUGUUUUCUACAGGAAAUGUAGUUUAUAGUUGGAACGUUUGCAGUGAUCAUACACAGAUGAGUAAGAAGAUGCUCAACGCUACGGCUUCUCUGAAUCAAGACCGUGGCUCUAAGAAAAGAAGUGGAGAGGAAGUGAGAAAGGAAGAGAGCGUGACGAAAAAAGGAGAAAUGCGUGAAAGCUCUAAACUGAGUAACAAUAAUCGUGGAGGACAAAGGAGAAUGAGGAACACAGAGGAUAGGAUGAAAAAGUUCGAAUUAGAGAAACGGCGACUAAAAAGUGAAAAGGGCCCUACUUGCCCAUUUACAAGAGGCCUUACCUUUUUAUAAGGGAGCCAUGAUCUCUCCAUAGUCCAACUGGAUA